AUGACAGAUUUGGGACCAAAUAGAAGAACCAGAGUUGGUAGAGAAUCUUCUGCUAAUAGGAAGAAUCGGGUAACCAAUGGUUAUAGAAGAAAUGGUUCUAAUUCUAAAGCAGAAUCUUCGUUAUUGGAUGAAGAAACUUGUUUGAUUUGUGCUGAUAGAAUCAUUUAUAGUGCAUUAUCACCAUGUAAUCAUAUUACAUGUCAUAAAUGUACAUUUAGACAAAGAGCAAAGUACCAAAAGAAACAAUGCCUUAUUUGCAGAAGUGAAAAUGAUAAAGUUAUCUUCACUGAUUAUAUCAAUAACAUCAAUAAUGAUGUGGAAUUUGAUGGUUUUACUGCCAAAGAUUUCAAGAAAUUUGAUGCAAAACAUGGAAUAGAAUUCACUUCCAUCCAAUGUUAUGAAGAUACAAUGAACUUGUUGAAGUUUAUUUGUCGUUCAUGUGAUGAAGAGUUUGAAUCUUUUAAAGAUUUAUCAGAACAUGAAAAAUCACAGCAUAAUCAAUAUUUUUGUUUGAUUUGUGCCAAAAGCAAAAUGGUAUUUGUUUCUGAAUUGGAUCGUUAUAACUUUAGACAACUUCAGCGACACCAAUCAGAGGGUGAUAAAUUGGGGUUUUCUGGACAUCCAGAGUGCAAAUAUUGUCGAGGUAAACGGUUCUAUUCUGAUGAUGAGUUAGUUAUUCAUGUUAGAGAAAGACAUGAAAGAUGUUUUAUUUGUGAUCAAGAUAAUCCUAAAACUGCUGAUUAUUAUCGAAAUUAUGAUUCCUUAUAUGAACAUUUUCGAUUAGAUCAUUAUGUUUGUUCAGUACCUAUUUGUAUUGAAAAGAAAUUUGUUGUAUUCAGAGAUGACAUUGAUUUAACUGCCCAUAUGUUGAAGGAGCAUGGCGGUCUUAAACCGGGAGCUAAAGUGGUGGUCGGAUCAAAUAGACAAUUUCAUUCUCAACUUUCGACUUUUGUUGAAAAGAAGAAGGCAAAACCUGAAGACCCACAAGAUUCUCCGGAGAUUAAGAAACUUAGAUUAGAUGAAAGAGCUCGUCAUUAUCUCAACUAUAAUACUGAUAGCUUCAAUGAGUUUCAAAGUGCAAAUUCCAAAUUCAAAAAUAAAUCAUUGAGUGCAAAUGAUUUGGUUUUGGAAUACGAAAGAAUUUUUAAACAACAAUCGAAAAAUGAAAUCCAUUUAUUGGUUUAUGACUUUUCGGAAUUGUUUCCUAAAUCAACGGAAUUAUUCAAGUCAUUGGUUCCUCUUGUUGAAGACUUAGCAGCAUCUCUGACAAAGAAGUUCCCGGUUUUAGGUGGUCAAACUCCUACAAAUAGCCAAACAGUGUCAGUUCAUUCAUGGGGGAACGGAGGAAGAUCUUCUACACCACUGGCAAACAUGGAGAAUAAUUUUCCAGCAUUAACCAAACCUAAACGUCCAACUCACGCUAUUCAAUCAGUUCAACCUAUUAGAUACACUACAGUGGUGAGUAAGGCAAAUGGCAAGUUGACCAAGCCAAAAGUUAAUUCGGGGUUAGCAUCUCCAGAUUAUAAACCUAAUUACCUUAACUCCUCAAACAAUAGCAGUUCAGCUACUUCAUUAGCAUUAAAAACAAGGAACAGUCCAAGCAGUUCUGUCAAAGCAAAUUUAGAUACAAACAAGUUCCCUGUAUUAGAACAAAGGAAGCCCAAGAAGUUUGUGGCACCUCCAAUUAAACCAGUUGUUAUUGCUGAUCCCAACCAAUGGGGGUCGUCACCAGCAACUCCUAUUGAACCUGAACUUGAAGGUUACGGAAUCCCAAUUGUUGAUAAGAGGAAACUUAAGGCGAAAAAGAAGCAAGACAAACAGAUCUUUAGACUUUAG